ACCCAGGGCACAAACAAGCACUCACCCCAAAUCCCCCCCUAACUGAUCUUCAGGGUAGACACUAACAUCUACAAGUAAGUGACUGGGCACCAAUAAUAAAGCUAAAUAUGUGGUGUAAAAAAUUGAAAUUAGCAGUUUCUAACAUCCAUGUUAUUCCUUUAAAAAAUUGGCUUUUCUCCAAUAUGGUGUAACUUAAGCUUUACUAACUUGCACCCCAAACUCUCGCGGGCACCCCAAACUAAAUAUCAGGUACAGUAAGGAUCCUGCCUGCCAGAUCUAUCAGCUGUCCUGCUGGUAUCUGACAUUGGGAGAUUAUUGGGCAGUUGCUGAAGGGGGUGUGUAAGGGGGAACCGCAGACGCAGGCAGUAAUUAUAACUAGUACUUUCUCUCUCUGGCACAGCACUGUCAGUAUCAGGGCCUGUAAUUGGAUCAGAGGGGGGAAGAGUGCUGUUACCCUGCACAUACUCUGUUACUAAGGGUACAAUCACCAUGUGUUGGGGGCGAGGGAGCUGCCCAGCUUCCAAAUGUAACAAUCAGAUCAUCCGGACUGAUGGCAGAGAAGUGACCUGGAAGGCAUCAGAGAGAUACGGACUAAUGGGGAGCCUGACACAGGGGAACGUGUCUCUGACCAUCACGGGACUGACCGGCAGUGACUCAGGAACUUACUGUUGCCGAGUGGAGACCCCAGGUUGGUUCAAUGACCAGAAGGUUGUGGUGUCUCUAGAGGUACAUGAAGCAGCGAGUGAGGAUUCAACUGCAUUUGCUACAACUUCCUCUCUGACAAACAUGGCUCUGGAAUAUACAGAACCGAUCGAUCUGGAAACUAAGCCUGAGGCCAACACCCUGCCAAGUAUUAUAAUGGGGUUGUUCCUGUUGGUGCUCCUGGCUGGGCUGUUACUGUACCUGUACACAUGGAGAAACCACCCAUGUAGAAGCACAAGUAACCUCGGUGACUCGAGCCUCAGUGCCCUGGAGAAUGCAUUGAGCCCAGCACCAGAGAAUGUUUAUUAUAUUAAAUUUGAAAACCUAUGAAGAUUUAUGUAGUAAAAUGAAGUGCCCCUUGUUGGGCAUCCAGUGUACUCCCCCCCUGACUGUCACCGGACUCAGCCUGGUGCUGAAUAUUCUCAUUAGUUUUGAAACCCACACCCACGGCAUGCUGGGAAAACACUAGCGGAUCCUCACUGAAUGAGCCCCACCCAGAAGCUCUUUUUCUACCCUCACAAUGACGGAGGCGACAUUUCACACUCCCAGAAAGACAGUCAUUUGAGGAAAAAAUGUAAAAUAAAAAGUAUGAUAUUAAACAAGAAA